UCAUGGUUGGAGGCAGUAUUUAGAUGAGUAAAAGAGUGUUUUAUAAACAUUAACGCGUCGACGGCGCUAACGUGGGCGACACACACUCUGUUGGCCUUCUUAGCUAUCUAGCUAACUAGCCAGCUAGUUAUACUAGCUGCUAGCAUAGCAUGCUGGCUAACUAAAGAGGUUAUUCCUGACGAUAAAGAUAAAGCCAACAAAGCUAUUUAGCAGUUAAAGCUAGUGGUUGUUUGCAGUAGCGUGCGAAUGACGGAAACCGUUAUCGUGAGUUUGCUGCUGCCUUGGCAGGCUAAUUCGAAGCGCCUCUAAGUUCUUUCUCGCUACGACUCGACUACACUUCAACAUGUUCAAUAAAUUCUACGAAUGGAUUGGAACAGGAAUAGCUAGUCUCCGUAACGGAGCGCCUGCCAAUGAUCUACAGUUACCCGGCACCGCUGGAGUUUCUGAAGACGGUCCUCUCAGGAGAAAAAGGACAAAUGACUGCAUGGAGGAUGGAGUAGCAGAUGAGGAAGACAGGGCUGUUAAGAAGUUCCGUAUGGGAAACCUAGUUGACUCUGUCAAGAGUGCUGCAGAAGGGGUAAAGACCCAUGGCUCCAGUGUGGCUUUGUGGGUACGGAACAGUGUGAGCCCGACCUUGAGGAAUAUGUUGCCAGCAUCCCCAGGACCGCUUCAGCCGCCCAGCAUCCAUCCUGCUCAGCCCACAGCUCCUGCCUCAACUCCUGAAAGCCAGGAAAGUAGUCCAUGUCCUGCUGGGGAAACCUUUGCUGCUCCUUCUACUACAAUGGAAUGGAAAGUCACCUCUAAAUCAGAUAUUUUAAGGACAGAGAAAUCUGUCACCAUCUCUAAAGUGUGCAGGCGACAGGCCUGCAUGGCUCUACCCACCCGAGAAGCGCCCAAAACCAACGGGCACUCCCUCUGUUUACCCCCUCCCACCAGCAUUCCCAAGCCGUGCCCCUCCCCUCGCCUGGGCAGACCCCUGAACCUGAGGCUGCACAGAUCACCCAGCGUGUCCACCAGCCCGGCGUCCAGCAGAGGAAACGCCUCCUACACCAGCUUGUAUGAAAAGACCUUCCCCAGCCAUACGGGGAGUCCCUCUUAUGGCAGCCCUCGCCGAAACGUCCGAGAGCGCCCGCGCUGCACAGCGCAAGAGUCAGUUCGCGAGGAGGAGAAGGAGGUUUACAGACAGCUUCUGGCUAUGGUGUCUGGUGGACAGUCGUCACUCUUUCAGAACGGCAGUUCACACGGUGGUCUUCGCUCUCACAGGGAUUUCACCAGCUUCCUGUCGUCCAGUCGGCGGCGGCUGCUGCAGUGUUCGUCGUCCGCAGGCUCCGAGUCCCUGGAGACGUACAGCGUCAGUGCCCCUCCCAGUCCACGCCCCGCCUCCAGCCAGGCGUCCAGCCCCAGAGCGGCCGACCGCAAAGCCUGGUCGCCAGAGCCAGACCUGCAGCCCACCAUCAAGAGCCCGGCGGCCCUGCCAUCUGCCCCCUCGCCCGUCACCCUGCAGGACACCUCCUCUCAGGACACGCAGUCAUCAGCUCAUGAUGGAGACUCUGUGAUUUUUGUGAAGGAGCAGCAGGGCAAGAGGCCAGACAACUCCAGUGUACCCUGUUUCCAGGCAGAGCUUUGGAUUAAAGAACUGACUAGUCUGUAUGAUUCUCGUGCCCGGGAGAGGCGGAGGUUGAUUGAAGAGCAGGAGGCUCUCGCCUCCCAGCUGUUACAACAGCGUCUGACAGAGGAGGGUCUGAUGGGCGUGAGCUCGGUGGAGCUGCAGGUCCGUGUUCCCCUGGAGAAGGAGGUGCCGCUCGCCCCAGUCACCCCAGAGCCCACGCCAGCAGUGGAGGAGCCCGAGUUCCCCCAGCUUACUCAGGUGAUGGAGGGGGAGGUGAACAGAGCUCUACGAGGGGGAAAUCAGGACGAGAUUCUGAGUGAAGGCUUCCGUCUCACCAUCACGCGUAAAGACCUGCAGACGCUCAGCCAUCUCAACUGGCUCAACGAUGAGGUGAUCAACUUCUACAUGAACCUGCUGGUGGAGCGCAGCAAGCGGCCGGACCUGCCCUCCGUGUACACCUUCAACACCUUCUUCUUCCCCAAGCUACGCAGCGCCGGCUUCUCAGCCGUCCGCCGCUGGACCAAGAAGGUGGACCUGUUCUCCCACGACAUCCUGCUGGUGCCUGUCCACCUUGGGGUCCACUGGUGCCUCUCGGUGGUAGACUUCCGGAAAAAGUGCGUCUUGUAUUUCGAUUCCAUGGGUGGAAAUGAUGACGAAGCAUGCAGAAUAUUGCUGAAAUACCUGAAACAAGAGAGUGAAGACAAGAGGGGGAGACAGCUGGACACUUCAGACUGGACGCUGCACAGUAGAAAACCAAAUGAGAUUCCUCAGCAAAUGAAUGGGAGUGACUGUGGGAUGUUCACAUGUAAAUAUGCCGAGUACAUCACCAAAGACAGACCCAUCACCUUCACACAGAAACACAUGCCCUACUUCAGGAGGAGAAUGGUGUGGGAGAUUCUGAACAAGAAAUUGUUAUGAAAACUGACACUAGGUGAAUCCGUAGCACCUGUACUCUGUUCAACUGCAGGCUUCAGUUUGCCCAGAGACCCACAACACCGUGUGACCAGCACCCAUCCCUGCCCCCAGACGGAUCCGCACGGACCCAGCUGAAGCUUUGUGUUCGCUUCAGCACACCACAACCAGGGACGCGGAUUGGACAUUUGAACAUUUUAUCCCUCGAUGGCAAGCGUUUAUUCACUCGUCAUGUCUCGUGCUCACUUUUUGUACGUCGUCUCCUAAUAUAGAAAUGGGAUGGCAGCUUUUAAGAAUUUUUGGCAAGGGCCAAAAGCUGUUGACCUCUCCUCUCCUGUAUAUAGCCCUGAUGUGAUACAGGGAAAACAUACUUUGUAUCUUACCAGCCAGAAUUCCAGGAGUAAAUUGUGACAGUUUGUCACGUUAUUUUCCA